AGGUUUUUCUAAAGCCGAUGUCAUUCUCUGAUACCAUGCCAUGUGUGGUGUAGUAAUCAACAUUGAACUACUUAACCUAGCUGCCUAGCGACCUUGGGUGGAUCUCGUCUAUCCGACAAGGGGACCAUGUCUAUAUACUACGUCUGAGGGUUACUACUACCAUGUCAGUAAUACAUGCUAUAAGAUGCAGUUGGAGAUUUGAAGAUCAAUGGUCAGCCAUUCUGCAUGAGAGCGAUCUUCGAUGCCAAGACUCUUCCCGUCGUUGACAACUUCAAUGUUCCCCAUAUCACGGAACCCCACAACUCCAAAACUUGAGCCAGGCGUGCGAAGCAGCUCGGCACUUCUCGAGUAUUUAAAGAAAGAAGAGCCCUUUGUGACUAGGUAUGUCUUCGGGAAACAACCCACAAGCUUCUCUUAUCGGUGGCCACGCCGAAUACGUCAAGGGAACCGCGGAGUCGGCCAUUGGCAGUGUCACAGGCUCGCAAGCGUGGACAACCUCUGGAGAGCAAGCCAAAGCCCACGCCGUCGAUACUAUGAAAACAGCGGGCGAACAGCGCAAUGCCUCGACUCAAGGCUUUGGAAAGGUUGAGCAGAAGUUAGGCCAGGCCACUGGUUGUGAGGGCAUGGUCAAGGAGGGAAGUGCUAGCAAGAGGCAACAGUGAGAUGCAUACACAUGUGUUCCCACUUACCUAUGUACGUAAAAUACGUACGUACAAACCAAUGUAACAACACUUGGGGGGUAGAAUAUGGUUAUGUGGAUUAGUUUUGAAGGCGUCAAGGGUUCUCGAUGAGGAGCUAAGUAUCAGGGUAUGUUACAUAUACCUAGUACGACUUAUAUACAGGAACAGUUUCAUUUUCAAACACGCACGACCUCAACUUUUCAUAUUCUAUAACAUAAUUGGAUACU